GUUUCGAGAAAGUGUCGUCGCAUGCGGUGCGUUCUUAUAGCUAUAAGUAUAUCUAUAGCUAUUUCACUCGUACAUUUCCAAGAAAUUAUGAACUCUCCACAUUGAAUGCAUAAAGUGUUACAAAAUAGAAUCGUUACAAAACUGAAGCGCAUUUUUCACUGAGAAAAAGAAUCUCUUCUGUUUGUCGCGACAAAAAAAAUGUCAAAAUUCAAUCAAUAACAACAUAUUGUCGGUUCUCAAAUGAUUUUUUUUUUUCAAUAAACAAAUUCGAAUGUGAAAAAAUUAAAUGUGCGUAAAAUGCGAUAGCUUGGUAUAUUGGCUGCUGUGUGUUUUCACUUUUUUUACAUUUCGGAAGUGAUUAAAAUGCAAAUGUGAUGCUACUACAAUCCGAUGGUAUAAUGUGGAGAUUUGUCUUCAUUUUAACGACGAUUAACUCAAUUCGAUUGAACGAAAAGAGUUGGCUGAACGAGCAUCAAUGAUUUAAAUCAAUUCUUCUUUCUUUGGUCACGAUGUUUUUUUUUUCACAUAAUUUUUUUAUGGUGGCUGUUUGCAAAGGUGCUUGUUGUGCUCAUUGUUGAUGAUGAAUUUUUACGAAUGCUGGUUAUAUUUUAUGGCUUCGUCGUUUAUCUCAAUAGAUUCUCUAGUCGUUCAAUGAAGCGCUAACAAGUUUUGUUUUACUGUCAAGUAAUCAAUUUUGACUAAUACCAGCAAUUCAAUAUCAAUUGUCUGUUCAAAGUAGGAAAUCCGAACGAUUGUUAAACUCAAUGAUUGCCUUUAUGGUAUUAAUCAACCAUUCGCACCGCUAUAAAACACGCGCUAUUAAAUCGAUAAGAGUAUGCAUUAUGUGAACGAAUAAUUUAGAUCUUGAGAUCACAUGGUUGGUUGACAUUUUUUUCCCAUGAGUUAAUGUAUACCUUUUAUUUCCUUCGCUUGCAUUUUCGUUCUGCGAUACAGUAUUUAAUUUAUUUAAAUCGGAUCAAUCGGUGGGCCCUUUAUGUUCUUCUUUAUUCAAUGUUUUUUAUGGAAAUUUGGUCGAGCCCAUAAAAUUCGUUGGUAAAAUAUACGAUAAAUUGUCUAAGAGUUGGUGCAAAUUUGACCAAAGUAGCAUAUCGAUCCAAUCCCAAUUCAGUUAUGUGGAAUGUAAAUAUUGUUGCGUAAAUGAAUUGGGCCUUAUGCAAUUGGUCAGUUCCUUUAUUCUUUGAUCGGCUGAAAUAAAUAAUGCAGAUGAUCGAUAUACAUUCGUCUGCCGGAGAUAAAAAUUCCAUGAUAUGCAAACGACACACGCACUCACGCAUGUAUGCAGCGGUGAAAUGUCAGAUGAAAUUUAUAUACAAAUUGUUCGGUAUAAUUUGGUGAAGCAUUCAACAGGUUCACAUCAAAUGAAAUGGAAAAGUCUCGAAUCUUCGGAAGGAGGGGACCAAUUGCAUUUCUUUUCUAUAUAAAAACUGGAUCAACUUGACAAAAAACAGUUACAACCCAUUUACUUUUCGCUGGAAACAGUACGGAUUAACCGUAAAGAGCAGAAAAAAAAACUUGGAAACAUGAAGAUGGUUUGUGUACUAGCCCUGGUGGCAAUUGGUUUCGCUGAGGAUGUGAAAAAGGAUAAACGUAGUGCGAACGAUAUUCACAUUGGUUACGGUAAUAAUGGGUUGGAAGAGGAAGUCGCACAUGAUAAAGCUCUUUUGAAUCAGUAUUCUGAAAUUCGAACCGGUGCACAAGUCAUUGAACAACCCGUAAUUGUACCCACAGCACAAACUCCAAUCGUAUCCGAAGCCGCUUCGAUUGAACAUCAUGAGGUGUCGGCACACGCAGUACAAUUCGCUCAAGAAGCUCUUCCAUUCGUGCAGCAAGCCAUUCAAGAGGCCGCUCCUAUUGAACAACAAGACAUUCAAUACACACAAGCAGCUCUGCCAAUCGCCGCUCAACAGACCAGUCCAGUUCAACAAGACGCCAUUCAAUACGUAUCACAGCCGCCCCAGGCCAUCCAAUAUGCAUCACAACCCAUUGAAUACGCACCCCAACCUGUUCAGUAUGCACCACAACCAAUCCAAUACGCUUCACAGCCUGUUCAAUAUGCACAAGAACAACUUCAAUUUGCUCCUCAAAACGUUCAAUACGCAGCAGAAGCUGUUGCUGUACAAAGUCCCAAACAGUUGAACGAACCAUUUACAAAACAACUGAUAUUGAUCGUCUGGUGCCACAACCAUAUCCAGUGGAAGUAGUAAAACACAUUCCUCAUCCAAUCAUUUUGGAUCGACCAGUGUUUCAGCCAUAUCCGGUAAAAGAUGCCGUACCAAAGCCAUACCCAGUAUAUUUUAGGCAACGUCCAUCAUCGCAGACCGUUCAUUUAACAUCAAAACAAGCUCGUUAUAACGGUGCUUCAAAUUCAUUUUCAAAUUUGUUGGGUAGAUCAAACAGCAGAUCAGCCUAUUCGUCAUUGCUUAGAUCACUGUUUUCCCGCAACGCAUCGAUGAACACAAGAUAUCCAAGCACUACAUCACCAGAGGAGCUCGUGGCAAUUGGCCAAUCGUUGGGAUUGAUUCGGGACCAACCUGGUUUCAUUGUGCGACGCAUUAAACAAAUCAAAAAAGAUAUUUAAGCACCUAAGAAUAAUUGCCUGUGUCUGUGUGCCAUUCCUGGCAGUAGCUUGUUCGGCCGGUAACCUGCUCAGUACUGAUCAUUUAUCGUUGCAAUCAAUUUUGGCUACGCGAUCCGACAGUGUUAACACAAAUUACCUUCAACAAUUAGUGCAUCCGCCUUUAAACCCAUCAGUGCAGAGUCCGGUCACAACUGUUUUCCUGCCACAAAGCGAUCACAUCAAUGCUCAAUUAUCUCAACAAUGGCAAGAUGAAGCCAAUUGGGCUGCCGCAUAUCAGCCUUCCUUUUCUUCGUCUGCUUCCUCUUUGUCCCAUUUACCGUUGCAACAUUGGACCAACGAACAAUUUACUUUAGCUGCUUUGGCACACAAUCCAUUGACUACAUCUUUGUUAUCACAAUACAACGAUAUCAAUGCAAAAUUCAUUCCAACAUUGCCAGGUGAACAGCUACAUACACGUUCCAUUCAAUUUGCGUAUGCUCCGGUGACUACUUCUUUAUUGCAACAGCAUGAGCAUUCUAAGUACAGCCAACAUUGGCCAACAGAGCAAUUGCAUGCACUACCAUUGGAGUCACUGAUACACGCCAGUCCAACGACUGUUGUAACACAACCAUAUGCGGUUGAGAAGCCAGUUCCGAUUUUUGUUCCAGUUCCAGUCGACCAUCAUCACUCUGUGGCCAAACCGUAUCCCGUUUAUGUUCACAAACAGCCACACAACUCUUGGACACCACCGCAAUUCCAAUUGAAACGGCACACGACUCACCAAAAUGGAAAUCCGAAUGGAAUUAUCAUCCGAAAAAGAACACACCUGAAAAAUUAAUGACCCAUUUUCAUGGCCAAAAUAGAUUAUUUUAUAAUUAAUCCAAAACACUUGGCAUGAUCUUACGUGAUAAUCAAUGAAUUCAUUUUGGAAUCAAUUCAAUGUAACACCAGGUCGAAUGUAACUUAGAUUGAUAGCGUGCUACAAAUUCAUAGACCGAUUUUUUCAUUGAUUCGCAGAUCGGAACGAAAAAAAAUCAUAUUUUAUUUAUUCUUUUUGAAACCAUUUUUAAGCGCACAAGUCUAAACAAACUUAAUUGAUAUUUCGAGAAAAAAAUUACACCGUCAAACUGUGUCUACUAACAAUUUGGCAAAAUUUUGAGUUUAUUCAAGAUAAUUAAUGAUCAUAUUGAUUUAUGCAUAUUGCUCCGCAUGAUUUGUAUUUGUUUACUAAUUUAUUUAAAAAAAAAAAAUGAAAACAAAUGUGUUGAUUGAGGUGUGAAAUAAAAUGUCGAUUUCAUUUGAUCAAAGCAUCAUCGAA